AUGGCUGCUCAAAAUAAAAAAGGCUCAUCCGCAAAGACGGAGAAGAAGACCAAGGCCAGCAAGGGUGCCGACACUGCACUUCCACCAAAUUUGAUCUCAGCGCUCUCGACUUUCUUUUCUGAACAAGGUCUUACGUCCACAAGCGCAGCUUUUGCUAAGGAGUUGGCCAAAAAAUCCAUCAAAUCGCCUGAAACGGACUCCAAAGAUGUGCCCUCUCUACUAGACAUCUUCCAAAACUCCGCAGCGCAAGCGGACGGCAAGACGGCUUCUAGCCCCUCUGGAAACUCAUCUUCGAGCAGUGACAGUGAUGCCGAUAGCUCAUCAGACUCUGAUUCAUCUGACUCUGAUGUGGAGAUGUCCGAAGCACCAAAGUCUCAGCGGAAGAGACGCGGAUCGUCCUCUUCAUCUUCCUCGUCUUCUUCCUCAUCCUCUUCUUCCUCGUCUUCUUCUUCCUCAUCGUCCUCAUCGUCCUCGUCCUCGUCGAGUUCGUCUGACAGUGAUGCUGAUGAUGAAGACGAGGACGAGGCAGCGCCCGCCCCUGGCCCUGCUUCUAAAGGAGUUAAGCGGAAGGCGGAUUCAAGCUCUUCUUCGUCCUCGGGAUCUGAUUCAGAGGAAGCCCCGAAAGCAAAGAAGACCAAAGUAACAUCGGUGACCAAAAAAGGUUCUUCUUCAUCCUCCAGCAGUAAAAGCUCUUCAUCAGACUCUUCGUCCGACUCCGACUCCGAUUCCUCUUCCAGCUCUUCGUCUAGCUCCUCAUCUAGCUCGUCUAGCUCGUCAAGUUCGUCAAGUUCGUCCAGCUCAUCUUCGGAUUCGUCCUCGGGCUCAUCUGAUUCAUCGUCCUCGUCCGACUCUGAAUCUGAAUCCAACUCCACCAAAAAGGCGGACAAGAAGGUCCUAAAAGCCGCCACCAAAACGCCGCUUCCUCCUUCUGACUCGAGCUCCAGCGAUUCUUCAGAUGACUCCUCCGAGGGAUCCUCCAGCACAAGCGGUACACUUCAGAACUCUGAGUCCGAGGCUCCUGCCAAAAAGGCUGCUGCCACAUCCCAAAUCCCUAUCUCUAGCCCUAGGCCAGCUCCAGGAAAUGACAACGGCAACGGCAAGAGAAAGCACACCGGCACUCGCCCUACGCCGCUAGCAGCCCUCAGCGAGCUUCCCCAUGACCACCCGUCCAACACCUACGUUCCUUACGCAUACGCUGAGAAGGCCUUCAAAGAUCUCUCCGUAACGCGCGGCAAGGGCUUCACUAAGGAAAAGAACAAGAAGAAGCGUGGCUCGUACCGUGGUGGUCCCAUCGACAUCGGUGGCGGAAAGUCGUUCAAGUUCGAUGACUGA